GGUUGGCACAGUGUUCUGGCCAUCAAAGUGAGAUACUUGAUUGAAAUUGACAAGACUCAUACCGCCAUCUUGACUAGGUAGAUCAUCACGUCAACACUGUCCUCUUUCAUCAUCAUGGCCUCAAAGAAGGAUCAACGCCGGCCUGACCUUGUCAUUCCCUAUGUCGAGCCAAAGGAAUCGGAUGUCACAGACUUUGGCACCACGAUAUCCAGUACUAUGCCCAUGGCCGCUAUGUUCACUAGGAACAGGAUGCUCGGCUGGUUCGCCCUGUUGCAAUCUUUGCUUACUUGGUUGGGGGAAACGCCGGCGCAGAAGAGAAACGCCACCACCCCAGGAUAUCUCUCUUUCGGCAUGGCAGUAUUGGCAGUUAUUGUGACCUACAUGCCGUUGUUCUUACCUCCCACGCCAAACCCAAGAGCAGCGACAGGCACUGGUGUCCCGGCAGCUGCGCCUCAAAAUCUCGGCUGAGGCUGUCAAAAGUCGAGCGCUCAGCAUUGCUUUGUAUAAACAUUCGAGUUGAUAAAUCGCCUAGGUACAUUCAAGUCUAUUAAAAGCGUGCAUAACAAAACCAUGUUUACUCC